GUUGUUUUAAAAUAAAAUAUUUGAUAUGGUAACUAUUAAUUAGUCUUUGCAAAAAAAUUGAAUCAAAUUCUAAGUGAAAGGUUGAUAGUAUAUAUAUAUUUGAUCUAAGAAAUAUGAUCACUCGACUAAAAACGUAUCUCAACCCUAAAGAGAGAGAGAGAGAGAGAGAGAGAGAGAAAAUUCCUAUAAAAUAAAAGAGUUCGUAUAUAUAAUAUUAUUGGAAGAAAAGAGAGUUGAGGGUUUUACUAAAAAGAGAAAUAGAAAGUUAGAAGUAAGUGUGAGUGGGAACAAGAAUAACGGAUGCACAGUUACAAAACCCCAUUCUUUUCUUCAUCCAUCUUCACUACUUCUGUCUACAUUUAUUCAAUUUAAGAUUGCUUGGCUGGGAAACUAAGAAAAAAUAAUAUCUUUUUUUUUUUCUGUUUUUGUUUCUCCAUGGACGUGAUAUUAGUUCCAGAGAAAGGAGAUACAUUCGGCAUUGAAGUUGGCUACUUCGACACCGUAUUAGAAAUCAAAGAAAAGAUUGAGAAAUACCAAGGUAUUCCUAUUCCCAAACAAACCCUAAUCUUCAAUGGCCGCAUUCUACAAGACGACCGUGACGUUGAAUUCUGUGAAAUCUUGCAACACUCCCGGAUUCAGCUUGUUGUCGCUAAUUCCGAGUUAUCUGCCCAAUCCCAAAUCGGACGCCUGAUAAUGAAACAGCACAAUAUGAUUCCAGAUCCUUCUUCUCAUCAUCCGCAAUCGGGAACCACAUCUACAAAAAAUAGUAAUAAGUUGAAAGUGAUGGUUAAACCUAAAUGUGGGAAUUCAAAAAUACCCAUGGAAGUGAACCCAACAGACAACGUGGGUGAAUUGAAGAAAGAGUUGGAAAAGCUUCAACAGAGAAUGCAGUUUCAUUUGCCUCCGGAGGGUUUCUUUUUUAUUUAUGAUCGUGAUGUUAUGGAUGAAGACCGUUCGUUUCGAUGGCAUGGUGUUGCUCAUGGCGAUACCAUUGAGAUCUUCAAUGGCACUAUUACGGGUGGAUCUUGAUGCUUAAUAAGUUAAUUUCAUUCAUUCAUUCAUUCAUUCAUUAGGUACCACGCACCCUUCUUUAAUUUUUCUUUUCUUUUUAGG